CCUAGUUGCUAGUAGUUAAUAAAAUAGCCGGUUGCGGCCACAUCGCUCUGGACAGGGAAGAUCUCUCCACUUAUUCGGACUCCCCUAGAUGAGAUGGGGCGUCCUCGGGAUGGCAAUAGUUACAUGAUGGCUAUACCUAGCACGUGUGCGUACUGUGAAUAUGUGCAAUGUAUGUACCUACAUAGGUAGCGGCGGGACUCCCCCUUCCCCCCCUCAAUUAAAAGGGACAAUCGCGCACCCCCAACCUCCGAUCAUCUCCGGCAUGUUUACACGCUCUCCUCAUAUUUCCACCGAGAAGAACGCACGCAUCACUGCCGCGUCGUCGAAUCAGAUCCUGUCCUGUCCCCCGGGUCCCCGUUCGCACACGCAUCACACACACUCACGCUCCGGAGUCCGAGAGCUAGAAUCCAGACAUACCUGAAACGGAAUCCCCCAGACUAAAUAAAAAAACCCUCAUACAUACAUUCGGAGAUUCACGAUGGAAACAGUUUCCCCUCCUCCUGCUCCUCUGGACUUGGUGAUCAUUGGUGCCGGAUGGCACGGUCUGAUCACCGCCAAAACGUAUCUGGAGGUGAACCCGACGGCGCGCGUGGCAAUCCUCGACAAAUCGGCGACGAUCGGCGGUGUAUGGGCCGAGCACCGGCUGUACCCGGGGCUCAAGACCAACAACAUGCUGGGCACGUAUGAGUACUCGGACGCGCCCAUGACGGGCGACAACGAUUUUGGCGUUAAGCCUGGCCAACACAUCCCCGGAACUGUCGUCCACGAGUAUCUCGAGUGCUUUGCCGAGAAGUUCGAUAUUCUGAAGCUAUGCCGGUUCGGGGAGGCGGUGACCGUGGCCGAGAAGUUGGACGAUGCGGCCGGGUGGGUCUUGACGGUCGAGAAGUCGACGGCCGAGGAUCGGGGUGAGCCCGCGUGCUAUAAGCUCUCGACUAAGAAGAUGGUCGUAGCUACCGGGUUGACGUCGCAGCCGUUCCUUCCCACGUUCCCGGGCGAGGAAGGAUUUGAGGCGCCCAUCAUCCACUGCGGUAAUCUGCUGGACAAGUCGGAGGAGCUGUUCGCCUCGGCUACCAACGUUGUCGUCUUUGGCGGAACCAAGUCGGCGUGGGAUGCCGCUUACGCGUUCGCCACCAGGGGGAUCCACGUCGAUUGGGUCAUCCGCGAGUCGGGACACGGGCCGACAUGGAUGGCACCGCCAUACGUGACGCCGAUGAAGAAGUGGCUCGAGAAGCUCGUUACCACCCGUCUCCUUACGUGGUUGAGCCCGUGCGCGUGGGGCGAGGCCGACGGAUUCACCAAUCCUCGGUGGUUCCUUCACAACACGGCGGUCGGACGUACCAUCACCAAGGGAUUCUGGGGUAUCCUCGGAAGCGACGUGAUCGCCCUCAACGAGUACGACAAACACCCCGAGACCGCGAAGCUGAAGCCCUGGGUCGACGCCUUCUGGAUCGCCUCGGGGCUCAGCAUCCUCAACUACCCGACGAAUUUCUUCGACCUCGUCAAGGAAGGCAAAAUCUCUGUGCACAUCACUGAGAUCACGAACCUGACCGCGAAGACCGUCCACGUCCAGGACUCGGCCUCCGAAACCCCCACCACGCUCCACGCCGACGCACUGAUCUGCUCCACCGGCUGGAAAUUCCACCCCGCAAUGAAAUUCAUCUCCUCCAGUGGGAUGGCUCUCGACACGCAGCUCGGGCUGCCACAUCACGACUCCGAGGCCGAAACCGACGACCCGGCCACCACGGCAGUGGACAAAGAGAUUAUGGAUCGCUUCCCGAUACUCCAGGAUCGCCCAAAGAUGAACCCCAAGCUCACCCCGCUCCGCAGAACCAGCGAAGCAGAGGGCGACAUCAACCGCGGAUUCAGCCUGUACCGCUUCAUGGUGCCUCCGGCACUGAUCCACGACCGCACCGUGGUCUUCAACGGGAUGGUGCAAACGAUCUGCACGCCAAUGGUGGCGCAGGCGCAAGCGCUGUGGCUCACCGCCUACCUCGACGGAAAGCUCCAGACCGUCAGCAGCGACGGCAGCGGCGAAGAGGACAAGACGCUCGAGGACACGGUGCUGCGCGAGACGGCACUGCACACGCGGUUCGGCAAGUGGCGGUAUCCGGGCGGCUACGGGGCCCGGUACCCGGAUUUCGUGUUUGAUGCGAUUCCAUAUAUCGACCUGUUGCUGGGCGAUGUGGGAUUGUCGGGAAGGCGCAAGGGAGGCGUGAUCAGCGAGUGCUUUACGCCAUACGGACCAGAGGAUUACAGAGGGCUGGUGGACGAGUGGAAGAAGACACAGGCGCAGGCGUAGAUACCCAUUGGUUGAGUUCUGUUCUGUUCUUUUCUUUCUUUCUUCUUU